AUGCAAGGACCGGAAGGUGCACAAUUGUUUUCAGCGUUUCCUCCACCUCCAUUGUAUUACAAGCUGUUUACAAAGGAAAAUCUUGAGAAGGUAAAAUUCAGGUUUACAGAAAAGGAAGGAGAAGCGCCUGCUCAAAACAGGGAUGAGACAUUAGAAGAAGACAAAAAACUGGCAGAGGUUUUCAAGGUACCUGCCUGUCCUACUUCUGGAACUUAUCUGAUGUUUGGAGAUACUUGGAGACUGGAAAAUGUCAUACCCUCUUUGCAGGAUUUUGGAAUUUCUCAAUUGUAUAAAGGGUUACAAGAUGAAGAGGAUAAAAUAGAAACAGUCGAAUAUAAUCCGAAAAGUGGAGUUGUUUAUGGUCAUGGGCAUGCCGGCCUUCACGAGUUUCAUGAUGGUGCCUCUCAAUCCAAAAAUGAUGAAAAGAGUCAUGCAAGCGAAAAUGGAAAUUUCUUACAGGGAAACGAUAAAAAUAAAGAGAAAGACAUCGCAACGGAAAAUGCCGAUGGUCCUGAAUUUUCUGCUAAUGAGAAGAAAGAUGAGUAUUUGACCAACUCAGCAGAAAGCCUCAAGCCUGACGGUACUACCAUAAUUCCUAGAAGAGCCUACGAACUUCAGCUAUUAUCAACGUCGUUAAUGCUUAAUUUCUUAGAAAUAUUAGGUAUUAUGAGCAAAGCACCAGAGCAAUUCCCUCAAAAAGUCGAAAAUAUAAGAGUCAUUUUGCUCAACAUGCAUCAUCUAAUCAAUGAGUAUCGGCCUCAUCAAGCACGAGAGUCUUUACUUAUGCUAUUAGAGAAACAACUCGGACAUGAAGAAUCUCAAAUUCGAUCGUUGAAUGAGCAUAAUGCUCAGAUCGAGCAUGCUCUAAAAGGACUUCAAUCUUUGGAUCUUGAUGAAGAACGGCAAAAAGAGUUUAUUGCGUCUGUUAAAUCUUCGACCAGUCAAAGCAAUCACGACUUUACCAGUUAUGAUACGAAUGCUGCAGGCACUUCUUCAGGAUUAAAUGAAGAAGACACUGCAAAAAACGCCAAAAUAGAAGUGUCACUACGCGAGUUACAGAGUAUUCUUGAAAAUUGA